AUGGAGGACGCCACUACCCUUUCGUCUCGGAGGUCAUCAGGCGCGAGCCCACAGAACACCGCCGGGCUGACCGGACAGGGAGGGGUUGUGGCGUCUGCGGUCCCGAGCGCAGCGUCGGGGUCAGCUGGCGCGACGGGUGUUGCCCCGCCACUGUCAGCCAAUGACAUUACCGAGCGUCUUACCAUGGAGAAGCUGACUAUGCUUGACAACAUUGUCAGUGAGGCCCAAAGUGCGAGGGCGGCUCUCCUCAGCGGUCAAGCCGAUCACCUCCCGGUCGCACUGAACAAGAUCAGUAAUCAGCUCGACAAAGCCGGUGAGCUCGGGUUUGCCCGCACACCCCGCGAGACGACGCCAAACUCUGGGUCAAACAACAGCAUCUCUCCGAGAAACUACUCUCCGUCCGCUCAGUCGAGUCUCAACGUCCCCUCGCAGCAGACUCUGCCAGUAGCUCCAGCCGCUGCCCCGGGUCUAUCCCUUCUCCCGCCACUGCCGAUAGGCCAGCCAAUGUCCUCUGCAGCGACGACAGCUGCGGCCUCUACCAACGCAUCCGCGGCUGCCUCGACGGUAGCGUCCGCCCUCAGUUCGCCCGUGACCUCAAGUCUUAUGCGCCCGGGGACCAACGCCGCCGAACUGGUUGUUGGCACAGCACCUCCUCCUCCUUUGGUACACUCGCACUCGUACCCCAACGGCCACUCUCUGCCAGGUCAAGUUCACCACGCGUCUGCCCCCGUCCCGACAACGCCUGUCAACGCAACAUUCAACCAGGCUGCUAUGGGUGUCCAUAUGCCCGCCGUGUCCUCGCCACUGGCAGUGCUGCCACCGUCCCGACCUGCAAGCCCCCGCAUGCACCAGCAGCAGUGGGGAAUGCCCGACAACCAACAGCAGCACUCUGAGGCGCCCAAGUCCCGCCGCCCCUCGCUCAUCGAGCAGCGUGCCGAUGGACGCCCGAUUGCUCGCGCGCGCAGCUCGUCGUCCGCCAAGCCUGGACAGCAGCUGAGUAUGAGCACGAGCACAAGUGUCCCGCCGUCCGCGUGGCAGUCCCGUGCCGGCUCUCCAGCUGAUGAUGAUGAUGACGACGACGACGAUGACGACGAUGAUGAUGCUGCUCAGCGGCGUCCCAAGCGCAGGCGUAGCUCGGCUGGUCCGGACGCGUCCGAAGUUGGGCCUACGUCUGGCGUUCACAUCUCGGAUGAUGUUCGCAGCCAGCUGGAUACGAUAUUCCAGGAGUUCUUGAGCAAGGUGUGCUCCAAUCUCGAUGCUGUGGACAGCAAGGGCGAGAAGCUUCACCAGGUGCUCAUGCCCAAAAAGAUGCAGCGCCUGGACGAGUCCCCCGACUACCGCCCUUUCAAGUUCCGCAUCCAGGCAUUCACCAACGCCUUCCACGAGGAGCUGAUCGCUCGUGGCAUAACUGAGGAGACCAUGUCGAUCAAGAAGGUCAAGGUGUAUUUGUGGCACCAGGAUCUGAUCUCGCGCUUCAAUGCCGACGGCAAGAAGGCCAAAUCAAAGGGCAACCACAUCUGGCACAUUGAUGCUAAGAAGCUGCCGGGCGGUGGCUGGAUCUUCCGCCCCUUCAAGCGCAAAAUCAUUGGUACUCCUCCCACCUUUGCCGUGAUCAACCAGCGGUACGAGUGGGAGCCCAAAAUCUGGGACCCGAUGGCCCCCUCGAGCAGCAUCAAGCCUACGUUUAGCUCGCCGCCUGGCUCGCUCCCCCACUGGCUCAAGUGGGAGGAUGGCAAGCUCACCGGCAUCCCGGACCAGCCGCACAUGCCAAUCACUGUGCAUGUCAAGGCCGACUUUAUCGACGGCGCUCACCGCCCUGCCUCUGCCACAACGGAGUUUACCAUCCAGGUGGUCAGCAUGCCGUUGCCUAUGGCCGACGAGGCGGUCUUUGGCAACCCAGUGAUGCAGUGGGCGCCUGAUCACACGCUUGGCAUGCCGCCCCCCAUGCCAAUGGUGCAGGGCUCGUGAGUGUCCCUUUGCUUGGCUUUGACUAUGGCUUUGGCUAACGACCAGCAUGCCCUUUGGCUCGGUCCCCAUGUACCAAGCCCAGCCGGGCUUUGGUCCUUGACAUGACGAGCCUUCCUUGCCUCACCUCUUGUUUUCCAAGGUGUAACAGUCUGAAAUGACCUGUGUGACGU